UGAGGCCGCGCUGCCGCCGGGUCUCCGGCCUUGAGGGCUCGGGCUCGCUGCGGCGGCGGUGGCCGCUAGAAGAGGCGGCGGGGGCGGGGGGAGAGGAGGGCCUGGGCCCGCGCUCCCCCAGCCCCAGAGGAGCAGGCGGCGGCCGCGGACGGAGAGAUUCGCCCGGGCGGUCGGACACCCCUGCCGUACCCGCCUGGGAUCAUGACCCAGGCGGGGGUCGCCGCCGCCGCUGCCGCCGCGGCCGAGACCGCGCAGCCAGUGGUAAGAAGAAAACAUAACUUAUAGACCAUCUUCUGGCAGAAGAUGAUAGAUUUGGAUCAGAAACGGGAGGCGCUGGAAGCCAGGAAUCAAAAGUGAAGAACUUCUGCAAGCCCUUGGGUGAUAAAGGUUCCUAUCACUGUAACCAUGCCAGAAAUGACAGAGAAUGAGACUCCUACAAAAAAGCAGCACAGAAAGAAAAACCGGGAGACACACAAUGCAGUGGAGAGGCAUAGAAAGAAGAAAAUCAAUGCUGGAAUAAACAGGAUAGGAGAGCUGAUCCCAUGUUCUCCUGCCCUGAAGCAGAGCAAGAAUAUGAUCCUGGACCAAGCCUUUAAAUAUAUAACAGAACUGAAAAGGCAAAAUGAUGAACUCCUGCUUAAUGGAGGAAACAAUGAACAAGCUGAAGAAAUUAAAAAGCUACGUAAACAAUUGGAAGAAAUUCAAAAAGAAAAUGGCCGAUAUAUUGAAUUACUGAAAGCAAAUGACAUAUGCCUAUAUGAUGACCCUACAAUCCACUGGAAAGGAAAUCUUAAAAACUCAAAGGUCUCUGUUGUUAUUCCCAGUGAUCAGGUUCAAAAAAAUAUCAUUGUUUAUUCCAACGGGAGUCAGCCUUGUGGAAAUAGCCAGGGAACAGCUGUUCAGGGGAUAACCUUUAAUGUUGGUCAUAAUUUACAAAAGCAGACCGCCAAUGUGGUGCCAGUACAGAGGACUUGCAAUCUUGUGACUCCUGUGUCUAUUUCUGGAGUUUACCCUUCUGAAAACAAGCCAUGGCAUCAGACCACAGUUUCUGCAUUGGCUGCCAACCAGCCUGUUCCUCUUUGUCUUCCUGCUACCAUUCCUGCUCAAAAUAUUCUCGAGCUUUCCACCUCCGAAAGCGAAUCGAGCGUGCUUGGUGCCACCAACGGCCCACUGAUCGCAGUUCCCAUUGGGCCUGAACCUCACCAACAUCGUUCCGUGCACACGUGUCUAAGUGAUCAAAGUUCUCCUGAAAAUAAGAAUGGGCAAGAGAGCCCCAAAUUAUUGAAGAAGACAGUCCCUUGUGCCACAGGCGUCCCCACCACUUCCUCAGCGACUGCCACUAAAGUGCACCAUGGAAGCCAGUCCUGCCUGAGCAUCCAGGAUUUCAGAAAUGAUUUUCAAACCACCUUUGUUGUCUCAGUUACCACCACAGUCUGUUCCCAGCCUCCCAGAUCUGCAGGUGAUGCUUGUCCAGUGAGCAUCAGCAAGGGUGCAGACUCGGCGAGUGUUACCGCAGCGGUGGCCCCUUCUGCCCCUGCAGGAGGGAAGACCACCACUCCUGUAAGCACUCUUUCUGCAAACCCUUUGGACAAUAGUUGGACUCUUUCUUGUUCUUUGCCUUCUUCCAGUGUUAGUGCGUCGGAUUUGAAAAACAUUAAUAGCCUUACCCGAAUUUCCUCUGCUGGAAACACACAGACGACGUGGACUACUUUGCAACUGGCGGGAAACACUAUUCAGCCCUUAAGCCAGACCCCUUCUUCUGCAGUGACUCCGGUAUUAAAUGAGUCUGGUAGCAGCCCUCCCACAACCAGCCACAGUAGACACGUCGCUACGGGCGUCAACGUGAAUAAUUCCUUUCCCGCAGACGGGCAGGUGGUUGAGCAAGUAGUUGUCACCUUGCCUUCUUGUCCAUCUUUACCUAUGCAGCCACUAAUUGCCCAACCACAAGUUAAAUCUCAGCCUCCAAAAAGUAUCCUUCCAUUGAAUUCAGCAAUGCAAGUGAUUCAGAUGGCUCAGCCAGUUGGGUCGGCUGUGAAUGCAGCUACAGCUAAUCAAAAUGUUAUCAUUCUUCAGCCCCCCAGCACCACCCCUUGCCCAACAGUGAUGAGAGCAGAGGUUCCCAACCAAACAGUAGGUCAGCAGAUAGUGAUCAUACAGGCAGCUAAUCAGAACCCUUUGCCGCUCCUCUCAGCUCCACCUCCUGGUUCUGUUCGACUCCCUGUCAGUGGAGCCAAUGCUCUACUAGGGUCUAAUAGUUCAGUGCAAAAUGUUUCGACCCCCCAGACUUUUGGAGGAAAGCAUCUUGUCCAUAUAUUACCAAGACCUUCAUCUCUAUCAACAUCUAGUUCAACACAAACUUUUUCUGUUACCAUGUCAAACCAACAACAGCCUCAAACCAUUUCUUUAAAUGGACAGCUCUUUGCUUUGCAGCCUGUGAUGUCCUCAUCAGGAACUACAAAUCAAACCCCUAUGCAAAUUAUCCAACCCACCACCAGCGAAGAUCCAAACACCAAUGUUGCCCUGAAUACAUUUGGAGCUUUGGCCAGCCUCAAUCAAAGCAUAUCACAGAUGGCUGGGCAGAGCUGUGUACAGUUGUCUAUUAGCCAGCCUGCCAAUCCCCCAACUGCCGCAAGUAGUCAAACCAUCCCAGUUCACAGUGUUUCAUUAACAACAACGGUAGCAUCUCCCAUGACAACCGAUAAUUCAGCCACACUACCCAGUACUUAUAGUCUGGUAACUACACCCUCAGUGAACACUGUAGCUUGUUUACCUAAUGUGAAGUCAAAAAGGUUUAAGAAGCCAGGUGCCAAGAAACACUUAGCAGCUCACAAGUCCGCAUGUCCCCCGAAUCCAGUCAGAGAGGUGGGCAAGUUAGCCUGCCCUGGCACUGAAGCCACAGCAGAGCCGUCAUGUGGUGAUGGACUGCUGGAAAGCCUCCCUGUCGUGUUACCGUCUGUCACCAUAUCCCAGGCAAAUUGUGUGAGUGUUUCUGGUUCACAUUCUUUGGAUGUUCUAAAUCCUGAAUCCGUGAUACCCGAAUCUGUACCCAAAUCUAAGUCAACAGAAGAGUCUAGCUCACCCUCCCAAGCAUCUGUAACGAGUGAACAUUUUGUAAUGGCCCCAGCAAAAUCCAAAGAUUCUGCCCCCAUUCUGCAGCAAGAGGCAUCUCAGGAUAAGCCACCAGCUAGUUUGGCAUUGUCAGAUGCUGCCAAAUCCUGCACUUCAGCCAGCGUGUUGAUUCCAACUCCAAAUGAUCCCCACCUUUUGGUUUCUCAGGUUUCUGGGCUCUCAUCCACCACUAGCACUACAAGCACUGACUGUGCUUCUGAGGUAGAAAUCAUUGCUGAACCUUGCAGGGUGGAGCAAGACUCAUCAGUUACGAUGCAAACGACAGGUCUGUUAAAGGGGCAGGGUUUGACUGCAUUGCUGUCUGGUCUUGCUAAAGAAAAAGACUCUCAGAAGUUGUCUCUUUCGGUGCCGGUGGACCAUCCUGACUUUCCUUCUGAAAAUUCUAAAAUGGCGGAUUCAAGUGUCGAUUUACAUCCCAAACAGGAGCUGUUACUGAUGAACAGUGAUGACAGAGGUCCGGGGCAACACCACUCCUGCGUCCCUGAUCAGGAGGUUAUUAAUGGCUCUUUGCUUGUCAGCAGGCAGGCCGACUCUCCCAUGUCCACCAGCUCUGGCAGUAGUCGUAGUUUCUCAGUUGCAUCCAUGCUUCCUGAAACGACGAGAGAGGAUGUCACCAGCAAUGCAACAACGAAUACCUGUGACAGCUGUACCUUUGUAGAGCAAACUGAUAUAGUUGCUCUUGCUGCAAGAGCUAUUUUUGACCAGGAGAACCUUGAGAAGGGAAGAGCUGGCACCCAGGCUGAUAUGAGGGAGGUUACUUCAAAGCCUUCUGAAGCCUCACCUUUAGAGGGAGACCAGCCUUUCAAAACACAGAUGUCUAAAGAGAGUGGCCCGGGACAGGCAGAAGCAACACCAAAUGAAUUUAAUUCUCAGGACUCAAUCGAAGCAACUGUGGAUCGAUCCCUCGGAAAACCAAGUUGUUCUGUAGGAAUCAAAACGUCAAAUGCCUCUUUACAGGUUUCGACUUCUCAGCCACCAAGCAUCACCAGUUUAAGUGUCAAUAAUCUUAUCCACCAGAGCACCAUCAGCCAUCCUCUGGUCAGCUGUGCUGGUCUAUCCCAAACCGCAGAGCAAGCACCUGUUCCGGCAACGGUUAAUCUGACUGUUGCAUCUAGUUCCUACGGUGGUCAGCCUCCCGGGCCAGCUCUGAUGACCGAAUAUUCCCAAGAACAGCUAAACACCAUUACUGGCACCAUACCAAAUCCACAGGUUCAAGAGCCACUCUUAAAGCCAAGUCAGGAAAGCCGCAAAGACUCCGCCAAGCGUGCUGUCCAAGACGACCUUUUAUUGUCUUCAGCUAAACGUCAAAAGCACUGUCAGCCAGCCCCGCUGAGGCUUGAAGCUAUGUCGCUGAUGAACCGCACUCCGGACAGCAUUUCUGAUCAGACUCAGAUGAUGGUCAGUCAGCUCCCUCCCAACUCUGCAAACUCUGUUGUGCCUAUUAGCAACCCAGCACAUGGAGAUGGCCUCGCACGAUUAUUUCCACCGAGUAACAAUUUUGGGGCCCCUGCAUUGAGACAAACGGAAGUUCAAUGCAGUUCUCAGAAUUCAGUUACCGAGCAGCAGCAAACCCAGGCCAGUCAACAUCUCCAGGCCCUGCAACAGCAUGUUCCAGCCCAAGGGGUAUCUCACCUGCACGGUAACCACCUCUACUUAAAGCAGCAGCAGCAGCAGCAGCAGCAGCAAGCAGGACAGUUAAGAGAGAGGCAUCACUUGUACCAACUGCAGCGUCACGCGCCUCAUGCAGAGAGCUCUGUCCACUCUCAGCCACAUAACGUCCACCAACAGAGAACUCUCCAGCAGGAAGUCCAGAUGCAGAAAAAGAGGAAUCUCGUUCAGGGCACUCAGGCCUCUCAGCUUUCCUUACAACCAAAGCACCACGGAACUGACCAGUCCCGCCCCAAGAGUGGUCAGCCACAUCCCCACCAUCAGCAGAUGCAGCAACAGAUGCAGCAACAUUUUGGAAGUUCCCAGCCAGAGAAGAGUUGUGAAAACCCUUCGACCAGCCGGAGCCACCACAACCAUCCCCAGAACCAUCUCAGUCAAGAUAUGAUACACCAGCAACAGGAUGUUGGAAGCAGGCAGCAAGGUUCGGGGGUUUCUUCUGAACAUGUAUCUGGGCAUAAUCCAUUGCAGAGGCUUUUGACUUCAAGGGGCAUAGAGCAACAAAUGGUGUCCCAGCCCAGUAUCGUGACUAGGCCUUCAGACAUGCCCUGUACUCCACACAGGCCAGAGAGAAAUAGAGUUUCAAGUUAUUCUGCCGAGGCACUUAUUGGAAAGACAUCUUCUAACUCAGAGCAGAGAAUGGGCAUGUCACUUCAGGGUUCCAGAGUUUCAGAUCAGCUUGAAAUGAGAAGCUAUCUUGAUGUUCCCAGAAAUAAGAGUUUGGCCAUUCACAAUAUGCAGGGUCGCGUGGACCAUACUGUUGCCUCGGAUAUCCGCCUUACUGACUGUCAGACGUUUAAACCAAGUGGAGCCAGUCAGCAGCCCCAGAGUAAUUUUGAAGUACAGUCUUCAAGAAAUAGUGAAAUAGGUAACCCGGUAUCAUCAUUGAGGAGUAUGCAGUCCCAGGCUUUUCGAAUUAGUCAAAACCCUGGUCCACCACCAAUCGACCGCCAAAAGAGAUUAUCUUAUCCACCAGUUCAGAGUAUUCCGACAGGAAAUGCCAUCCCACCAAGGGACAGUGAGAACACAUGCCACCAGAGUUUCAUGCAGAGUUUACUUGCCCCUCACCUUGGUGAUCAGGUCCUUGGAAGCCAGAGAUCACUCUCAGAACAUCAGAGGAACACACAGUGUGGUCCAUCCUCUGCAAUUGACUAUAAUUGUCCCCCAACCCAUGAAAGUGUCCAUAUUAGAAGAGAGAGUGACAGUCAAAACAGGGAGAGUUGUGACAUGUCCCUAGGUGCGAUUAACACCAGGAACAGCACCCUGAAUAUUCCUUUCUCAAGUUCUUCUUCUUCAGGAGAUAUUCAGGGUCGAAACACAAGUCCCAAUGUGUCUGUACAGAAGUCCAAUCCCAUGAGGAUAACUGAUAGUCAUGGGACCAAGGGCCACAUGAACCCUCCGGUCACAACCAACAUGCAUGGGGUUGCAAGGCCAGCUUUGCCCCAUCCGUCUGUGUCUCAUGGAAAUGCUGAACAAGGGCCUCCUGUACGUCCAACUAACUCUUCAGUUCCCCAGCGAUCAAGGCAUCCCUUGCAAGACAGCAGUGGUUCCAAAAUUCGUCAACCUGAAAGGAAUCGUUCCGGAAACCAAAGACAUAGUAAUGUCUUUGACCCAAGUCUUCCCCAUCUUCCUCUGUCCACUAGUGGCAGUAUGAUUCUUGGACGCCAACAAGCCGCUACAGAGAAGAGAGGAAGUAUUGUUCGUUUCAUGCCCGAUAGCCCACAAGUACCUAAUGAUAACUCAGCGCCUGACCAGCAUACACUAUCACAAAAUUUCGGUUUUCCUUUUAUUCCCGAGGGUGGCAUGAAUCCACCAAUAAAUGCUAAUACUUCUUUCAUUCCACAGGUUACUCAGCCUAGUGCCACUCGAACGCCAGCUCUUAUCCCUGUAGAUCCCCAAAAUACUCUGCCCUCCUUCUAUCCCCCCUACUCCCCUGCUCAUCCUACGCUGUCUAAUGAUAUUUCCAUCCCCUAUUUUUCUAAUCAAAUGUUCUCAAAUCCUAGCACUGAGAAAGUAAACAGUGGAAGCUUAAAUAACCGAUUUGGAUCAAUUCUGUCUCCUCCUAGACCUGUUGGUUUUGCUCAACCAAGUUUUCCUCUGCUCCCUGACAUGCCGCCAAUGCACAUGACCAAUUCUCACUUGUCUAACUUUAAUAUGACAUCUUUGUUUCCAGAAAUAGCUACAGCUCUUCCCGAUGGCUCGGCAAUGUCACCUUUGCUUACAAUAGCAAACUCCUCUGCCUCUGACUCUUCCAAGCAGUCCUCAAACAGACCUGCCCACAACAUAAGCCAUAUUUUAGGUCAUGACUGCAGUUCAGCUGUUUAAAUACUGAUAGACUAAAUGUAAAUGUAUCGGGUGAGAUUACAAAUGUGUUUGUGUGUGCAUGCACACAUAAUGCACAUGGUGAGGGAGGUGGUGUGUGUGUGUGUGUGUAUGUCUUUGUGUUUGUGUAAUCAGUUUCCAGUUAUCUUCCGAAUGUAGGGAAGCCACUUCAGAGAUGAUGCGAAUACUGGGUUGCCAGCAACAAACUAUCUUUCAUUUUUAACUGCACGGUGUGCUUUUUAAGUUUUUCAUGCGGAGUUGCAUUUUCAAGUUUGAUUUGUAAUCUUAUAUUCCCUAAAUACUUACCAGCUGGAAGUUGGGGGAAAAUCCCUUUGGCGUGUGUGGGGUAGUAGGAAAGAACCUAGAUUUUAAAUUUGAUUGCUGAUCAUUUGUCAAAUAGAUAACUUGAGGUAUUUGAGUUGCUCUCCAAAAAUAGACACUUUUGAUAUAACGCAGUGGCUCAUCACCAAGUGCUUGGCUGAUGACAGCAUCUAGAACAGUUUCUUGCCCCCGGCAGGUGUUGAAUUAAUGUAGAAUGAAUGUCCAUGGUUCAAAUCAAGCAGUUAGCAAAUAAAUGAGUUGCUCGAUCAGCCUUUACUCCCAAGGUUUGCUGUAGGUAGAGGCUUCUUUCUUAAUGAUAACAAUGCCUAAGCUAUCUGAAUUUUAAUGUCUCAUUCUUCAAAUUAGGGAGCCAUGUUAUCUUUCAGUGUGCCAAGAUCCUGGAAAGCAAAGGUCUUCCUUACUUAGCCUUAAAAAUAGCAAUCUGAAAAGCAAAGUACAUAGACUUUGUCCAUUUUGUGCUUGCAUUUUUGCAUCAGGUCCUAAGGAUAAAAGCAGUUGUAUUGCAGAAUUUUACAUGUGUUUUGGCAAAGAUUGUUGCUUCAUUGGUUGAACUUUGUUUUCAACAUUUUCUUCAUUCUAUUUAUGUGAGCUCGAAAUGCUUUCUUUUAUAUUUGUUAAUCAUUAGGGACUGCUCAGUAAAUAGUGUGUUUGGAAUUUACACAGUUAUAUGAGCCUUACUUUUUAAAUAUUUCUGAGCAGAGUCUUAAGCUCUGUCAGUGUUUUCAUUUAUUGAUAUUUAUAUUUAAAAGAUGGCAUUGUAUGUUACAUUAUUACCCCGCAUAGUAGAAUUGUAAUGAGAAGACGAAUUUGUUCAUUAUUUUUCCUGAUGGUAGAUGUGAAAUGGUGCUUCAAAAAAUUGUCUCUGUAUAUGUCUCUGUGUGUGAGUGUGUGGGGGGAGGGGGAGAAGGGGGACAGAACACAGACAUAGAUUUGAAAAUAUAAACUGGUCCUUUAAAAAUUGGCCUGCCAUCUGGAAAUGGAAAUUGAGACCUGAGACCUGCUGAAGUAUUGGAAAACUGGAUGUUAGGGUUUUUAAAAGCCCCCCAGAAGUUAAUUAUGUAUACACACACACACACACACACACACACACACACACACACUCAUAUAUUGAAUUUUGAAAACUUAAAAAAAAAAACCUCUGAAAACAACCGUAUAUACUCAUAUUCUCAAACCUAUUACUUUUUGUUGUUGUUAUAUUCUGCCAAAUAUAGGAUCAAGUGGGAGAGAUACAUAUAACAUGGUUCUGUCUGCUCUGUUAAUAAAGUAAACCCAAGAGCCAGCAUUUUAUUUUUUCCUCCUUAAAAAUGCCUCCUCAGGCUGGGUCAGAGCUGUUAACUCUGGCGAAUACCUCUUGUGAAGACUCAGUGGAAGGGUCACGUGUGCCUCUUGAACUGUUCUUACCAAACUUUCCUCCCUCCUCCUGCUGCUGACUGAAGCAGCCUCCUGGGAGCAAGAAAAAAAAAAUGUAAACAAGAAAAACUUCUGUAUUUUCUCCUUCAAAAUACUCAUGGGGAAGAAUAGGAGUUACUUAAAUAAGACAACAGAUAGACAAAGUAGUUAAAACUUUUAAUUGAGGGGAAACAUAAGAUUUAUGGCUUGUUUUUAACUGAGUUUUAGGUUGUAACAUUCAAGUUUUUCUCUGUACUUGAAAGGUCCAGCCUGCCAAUUUCAAGAAAGGUAGUGUUC